AGCCGGGAGGCGGCGGGAGGGGCCCGGACGGCCGGGUUGAGCGGCGGCCGCAGCUGCAGCAGGACGGCCCGCCGGCGGCUCCGAGCCGCACGCCGGGAACCUCGCGGGGCGGGCGGGCGCGGCACCCCCUGCCUGGCCGCCUGCGCCCCGGGAGGCCGCCCGCGCGCGACGGGGCCAGCAGCAUGAGCAGCGGCUACAGCAGCCUGGAGGAGGACGCCGAGGACUUCUUCUUUACCGCCAGGACCUCCUUCUUCAGGAGAGCGCCCCAGGGCAAGCCCCGCUCUGGCCAGCAAGAUGUGGAGAAAGAGAAGGAAACCCACAAUUACCUCAGCAAAGAGGAAAUCAAAGAGAAAGUUCAUAAAUACAAUUCAGCAGUCACAGACAAGUUGAAGAUGACCUUGAAUUCAAACGGGAUUUACACUGGCUUCAUUAAAGUACAGAUGGAACUCUGCAAACCUCCCCAGACUUCUCCGAAGCCUGGAAAACUCGCUCCCGGUAGCAAUGGCUGUAUGAACACACUUCAUAUCAGCAGCACAAACACUGUCGGGGAAGUGAUCGAGGCCCUGCUCAAAAAGUUUCUCGUGACUGAGAGCCCUGCCAAGUUUGCACUUUAUAAGCGUUGUCACAGGGAAGACCAAGUCUACGCCUGCAAGCUCUCCGACCGGGAACAUCCACUCUACCUGCGUUUGGUAGCAGGGCCCAGAACAGACACGCUGAGUUUUGUUCUUCGUGAACAUGAAAUUGGAGAGUGGGAAGCUUUCAGCCUUCCAGAACUACAGAACUUCUUGCGCAUCUUGGACAAGGAAGAAGAUGAGCAGCUACAGAACCUGAAGAGGCGCUAUGCGGCCUACAGACACAAGCUGGAAGAAGCCCUCGGCGAGGUGUGGAAACCCGAUUAAAGGCGGGGCUCUCCGCCAGCGCGGCGCCGUGCAGGACCCGUGUACAAACAGCAGCAAGUGCCUCACCUCUCCCAGGGCUGCGUUCUUGCCCUGUGAUGCUAGGGUCUUGCCCUUUGAUGUCUAGAUGUAGUUCUCCAAACCUGGUCACGCAGCAUCCUGCACCUUAAGCAUCCCACGUAAGGGCGUCUGCAAGCUUGUUCUGUUACAGCACCGCAGUGUUACCUCUCGGCAAGCUGUGAACUGUAGUCUCUUCAGGAGCAUUCUAGAGUGCUUGGAAGCAUGAACUCGGGGGUUUUUUUUUUUUUUUUUUUUGUCCUUAAUUUUCUUUUGGUUAUUUUAAUUAUGUGAUGAUGAUGUUAAGCUUAAGGUUGUGCAAAUGAUUUUUUAAAAGCUUAACUAGGAAUCUCUCUGAAUACUUGUCCUAUUUUGAAACUACCUGUCUGUUUUUUUUUUUUUUUUUAUCUGUCAGAGGAAUCUAUCCAUGUGAAUUGAAAGGCACAGGAAUCUAGGAACUCUUAAGAAAUUUGUGAAGGAUUUUGUAGCAUUUUGACAAAGAAAGGAAAAGCAGGUUUGGAAGAAGGCAUGUGUUGUGGUGGAGCACUCAGGGCUGGGGAAGGUGGCUUGGCUAUAAGCUGAGGGUAGAGGAGAAAGGGAGAGGUAGUUGCUUAAAAAUGAAUUAAAAGCAUUCAGUGUUGAGAUGUUAAACCCAUUUUAGGAUUGCUUGAUUUCCUGGUAAAAUGUGGGAACAGAGCCAAAGAGGCAGGAGCUGAACCAAAAGGAGGGACCCGUGAACUCUGCAGUUGACCAGAGAUUCAAGCAGGUAGAUCUUCAAAAUCUAGGUGCAGGUGAGCCUUGCGCUGCUCAGUCUGUCCCCUGAUUCUGCCCUCUUGGAGUGGAGGUCGAAUUGGUGUAGCUUCUCUGCAUAGGCAGGGUAAUGGCCAUGUGCUAAUAACCCCUAGCAAGUUACAUACAGUAUAUAGUUUUUCCCCUAGAGGUUGUUUUCAAAGUUGAAAAGCAAUUUGGGUAGAAGCAGCUAUUUAUCCCUUGAUUGUUAGCUAGGAGAUUUGUUAUCAAGUAAAGGGCUCACAGCAAAUUUUUGGACAAUCACUCCCUUUCCUUUUAUUCCUCUUUUUCUUCUCGUUAUCUUCCCUUUUUUCUUUCAGUUUCCUCCCUCCUUCCUUUCCCUUCCUUCCUUCUUUCCUUCCUUCCUCCAUCUCACUGCUUUUCUUUCUCCCUUUCUCUUACACAUUGGAGGCUGCUCUUACCUAAUAUAGAAAAAGGAUGUUGAAUAAAGACCCAAACCUACCAGAUCUUCAGUUCUGAGGGUCGGCUUGACUGUGAGUAGGAGGGGCCCAAGAAAGGGAGGAAUGUCUAUACCUGGCUGACCACACAACAGGGGUUCAUUAUGGAAAUAUUUUAACAAAAGUACAUGUUCCUGCCAUCCAAAGAAAUGCAUGUGCAAUAGAAGCCUUCCUUAAAAUAGGCUAAAUACCCUUGUUUUGUGCAGCCAUUUAUCUGAGAACAGAGGGAAAGGCGCGCUGUGGUUCCAGAGGAGCCUUACAUUCUAUUUUUAGUCUAGGUAUUUUUUUGUUUACAAAUUCCCAAGGAAUUGUUAACACUUUGGUGACACCUAAUGGAUUCUUUUUGAAAUUCCAAGGUGCUUCAGUUCUUUGCCUCUUAAGUGAACUGUGCCUUUUAUUGCAUUUCUGUUCCUCUCUUGGUGGUUCUUCUGACUUUUCAGAGAAUACCCAUCUUGUUGGAGGCAGAUUGAAGUGUCGGUUAUGCUGUGCCACACAAUUGACUGAGACAAUCAUAUCUUCAUAAGCUUUUGAGGAACGUUGGGGGAAAAAAAGUAGAACUAGCUUAUAAAAUAUGUAUGGCACAUCUUGUUUAAUUUUGCAUGUAACUUCUUUUUAGUGCAUUGAUGAGGUUUUAGUGACAUUGUUAUCCAACACUUUACCUUUAUUGUUCAGGGAAUGCCUUUGUGAUUUUUUUAUACCGGUUUUACCAUUCAGACUGUGGCUUGGGUUUGAGUAUACUGUUAUCAACCACCUGGUCUUUUAAUUACUCAUUCCAGUAAACUUAUAUUUUGUGAAGCAUUUGUUUCUCAGAUUAAGACACUGUUAGAACCUAAAGUAGUAGCUGAUGGGUAUCUGUGAAUUUUUUUUUUUUUUUUUUUUUACUUGAAGUAGAUUGUCUAAAAUAGGCAUCCUCAUCUGUAUUUAUCCAGAACCUUGCUCACUGGCAUGUGCACUACAGGUUGCAAUUUGGAAAACUUACUGUAUUGAAAUUCUGUCAGUUCAUGGUUCUUGAAGACUGAUAUUUUCUAAACACUGGUUACUGCAGUAGCAUUUUUAAUGUGUAAAAGAAAAAAGGCCACUAAGUCCAAAUAUUUUUAAAAAUCAUCAUACAAAUCCUUAUUAAACUGUCUAAGCUUUGCCGUAAUACUGUUUUCUCUUCAGUAUAUGUGAUGGUACAGGAAAGGUGUUAAAUGGAGCGGUGGUCUUACAGGGGAGCAUUUUAAAUUGCAGAAAUAAGGAAGUUAUAAUAUUUAUAAUUUUGAUGAGUUGAAGUUUAUUUUUAUAGGGAAGAUUUUUCUCCCCUGAAUUGUUUCUGGAAUGACAAAAUUAUUUCCAUUAUUAAAAAUUAAAGUUGUUAGCUGA